UCUCCCAAAAACACACCAAAUACUCUGAACUUAUUAGCACCAUUUAUAGUGUUGACUAAUGUGGUCAAAGCAGAGACUGGACUGAUGGCUACCUCAAAAGUCUACCAAAUUGUGCCCAAACUUCCUCUAAUUGUGCUUCUCAUCUAUUCCAUCGCAUGGCUCCCUUCCAUUUCAGGAAGGGGGAAAGAAAUGAGAAUGGUGUUGGGAUCAAGCCCACCAAAGUGUGUGGGAAGAUGCAUGGGCUGCAGGCCUUGUGUUGCAGCUUUAGUCAUCCCACCACACAAGUGGUGGUGGUUUAGAAGGGCUUCUUCUUCAUCAACAGGACCAGGAGAUGAGAACUACUAUCUUCUGUCAUGGAAAUGCAGGUGUAGGAACAAGUUCUAUCAGCCUUAGGAUAUUUCAAGUAGUGUUUGGGUGUAACUAUUAACAGUGGGUUUCCUCUAAUAUUACAAUAUAAUUGUCUCCUAGUAUUGUUACUCCAUUGCUCAAAUCAUGUGUCUUCAACAAUUACAUUGAUCAAACAUUGAUAUUAAGAAAAUGAAACACUAAUUGUAAUCUAUGAAGCACGAAAACUCUCGGGAAAGAGUAUGUUUCUGUUUCGAAAACUCUACAGAAACUCUCCUGAAACUAUCAAUAUAGUUGUAUUUUUA